GUAGGCGCGCGCACAUCACACGCGCGUUCGCGUGACGUAGCCAUAGAGCGAGCGAGAGAGAGCAAAGUAUUCAUCAGUGUGCCCAUUCAAUUUCUGUACAGACGCUGACCAACUCACAGCUACAACAAUGGCCUCUGGUGUGAAGGUGACGGAUGAAGUCAUUGCCGUGUUCAACGACAUGAAGGUGCGCAAGGCUCAGGCCAACGAGGAGGAGAAGAGGAUGAGGAAGAAGGCCAUUCUUUUCUGCCUGAGCCAAGACCGCAGGAACAUCGUGCUGGACGACGGAAAAGAGAUCCUGCUGGGGGAACUGGGAACCACCGUGAAGGACCCCUACCAGCACUUUGUCAAGAUGCUGCCCGCAGACGACUGCCGCUACGCCCUCUAUGACGCCACCUACGAGACCAAAGAGACCAAGAAGGAGGAGCUGGUCUUCAUCUUCUGGGCUCCAGAUGGCGCCCCCCUGAAGAGCAAGAUGAUCUAUGCCAGCUCUAAAGAUGCUAUCAAGAGAAAAUUUGAAGGUAUCAAGCACGAGUGGCAGGUGAACGGUUUGGAUGACCUGAAAGACCGGCACACUCUGGCAGAAAAGCUCGGUGGCAAUUCAGUAGUCAGCCUGGAGGGAUGCCCUAUAUAAAUAUUGCCCCCCGCCUCAGCCCGUUUUCCCUUCCGGCUUCAUUGGGGGCCUUUCAGACACAUCUGUUGGGUUUAGCUGUUCAUUCCAGUGUGGUCAGGAGAAGGGCAACAAACAAACAAAAAUCAGAACCAGCACCAAUUGUGGGACUCUUUUGGGGAGGGGUACUGUGGGGAGGGAGUGGGAGGGGCUACAGUGACAGCUGAAUAAGUGAUAAUAAUUCCAAAAAAUACAGACUGUCAUUCCAAGUUAAGAAAAUCUGAACAAACACACACACACGUGCAAAUGUCCAAAUAAAAGGAUAAAAAUGAAGGAAGGAUGAUGACGUUACAAAACACGGGUUUUUUGUUUUGUUUUGUUUUGUUUUUGCCAUUUUCCAUUUGAACCCUCGCAAAGAAGGAGACGGGCAUCAACAAACUUGACUUUUCCAAACAUUCUAGUGAAGUUUUGUAACUGUAAUUGAAAGCAGUUGUAGUUGAACUAAUUCACUCUUCGUUGCACAAGACGUAUCAAACAUUCUCUUGGGAAAACGUGGUUUAAUAUAUAUAUUAUAUAUUGUUUUUUUCAACAUGCAAAAAUUCCAAAACUUGACUUGUUCUUUUUUUAUUUCCUGUUCAGACGAGAAUGGCAUUUGAUGUUAUCACACACAUUCCUCUUUACCUUUGCAAACCAGGAUCUCAUUGAAAUAAAACAACAAACAACAUUGUCGGCGUUCUGAAGGUCUUCAUGGAGAGUGACGUGUAAAUGAAGGACAAGUGGUCAGAGUUCAGACUGAAUAUUGAAUGGUGGAUGUUUUGUAUCGUCUCCUAUCUAAUAAAAAGCACUAAACUAC